CUAUUCUUUAGUAAUAUUCAAACACUCACAACGAGCACAUCGGAGUCUCCGUAAAAUUGUUCGUUUUAUUUUGUGAAACUUUUUUCAUUCUGAUUUGUACGAAAUUUUUGAAGAAACUGCUUUUUUCCUUUAUUUUUUUUAACAAAGUUUUGGCGUGGUAGAUCUACAUUAUGAACAGACUGAUGCAGCACGUGGUCGAGGGCAAGUCCAGGUGCCACGACUAUCGCAAUGUCGUUAAGCUGAAUGUUUGGGGCAGCGAACUGGAUGACAUCAAAAUCUGCCUGGAGAUGCCUCACUUGGAGGUACUGGCUCUAAGCGCGAACAAUAUUGAUACUCUGAGCAGCCUGCAGAACUGCCUCAGGCUGAAGGAGCUGUACAUUCGCAAAAAUAAGAUAGCCAGCUUCGAGGAGCUCAACUUCCUGGCCAACGCCCGAUGCCUGACCUCGCUUUGCUUGGAGGACAAUCCUUGCACCGUGGAAGCAGGAAGCGACUAUAGGGCCUGUGUGCUGCGCAAGCUGCCUCAGCUGAAAAUUCUGGACGACGUGGAAGUCAGCGAGCAGGAGGUGCAGGCCGCCCUCCGCCACGAAGCCUAUCCGGCCCAGAAGAGUGUCAGCAGUGUUCCGGUGGCGGAGUCGGUGCCCUCGACUAGUGACACCAAGAUAGGGGAUCAUCGUCGCGAGCGGCGGGAGGAGGUGCCGCAGAAGGAGUCCCAGGUGGAGCCGCAGGAAAAGCUGCAGCCGGUGAAGGAGCAAGUCCGUCAGGAUGCCAUCGAUGCCAGCGAUGUCAGCGAUGCCAUGCCAUCAGUGCCAUCCAGAAUCGAAGGUCCCCUCCAGGAUUUAAAUAUUGUGGCCAGCUCCUUUUAUCCGAGCGUGGCAGGCAUUGCAGCGCAGCAGAGGCGUCUUCAGCUGAAUAGCAAUCUGCUGACCGCCUCGUUGUCUCUUAUCCGUGAGAUGGACGCACCGACGCUGAAGGCACUCAACCAUGCCAUUCAACAGCAAAUGCUCACCAAGUCGUAGAUUCCAGAUCCGAGAUCAAAAUUAAGGGAAUUUCCCAUUUUUGUGUUCAGUUAAAUAAGUUUCAAACUAGUUUAGAUUUGUGUUAGGUAAAUAGGAAACAUCCUUAACGGAUAUAAAAAAACUAAAUUUUAUUUGGAUUAUAAAACCUUAUAUCAACCAUAAACUA